AUGGAAACUAGCGUACCUGCCAACGCUAACGAGCAAUGUGUGGGCCCACAGUCUGAAUUAGCCGGCAAGGUUGAUGGCUGCAGUGGAUGUCCAAAUCAGAGUGUAUGUGCUUCGGGUGCAGCACGUCAGCCAGAUCCUGCCGUUUCGGAUGUGAAGCAGCGUUUAAAAAGCGUCAAGCACAAGCUUUUAGUUUUAUCGGGCAAAGGUGGCGUGGGCAAGAGCACAAUAGCUUGUCAACUGGCUUUUGCUUUAGCUAGCAAAGGCUUUCAGGUUGGACUUUUAGAUGUGGACAUCACGGGUCCAAGUGUCCCCAGAAUGCUUGGACUUUUGGGCCAGGAAGUGCAUCAGAGUGCGGCUGGCUGGUCACCUGUGUACGUGGACGACAAUCUUGGCGUCAUGUCCAUUGGAUUUAUGCUACCUAACGCUGAUGACGCCAUCAUUUGGCGUGGUCCUAAGAAAAGCGGUAUUAUCAAGCAAUUUCUCGUUGAUGUGCAAUGGGGUGAACUUGAUUACCUCAUCAUCGAUACACCCCCAGGCACAUCGGAUGAGCAUAUUAGUAUCGUACAGUACAUGAAAGAGGCAGAUUUAGAUGGAGCUGUUGUGGUCACUACGCCUCAAGAGGUUGCCCUUAGCGACGUUCGCAAAGAGCUUAAUUUCUGCCACAAGACCAAGAUUAACGUUCUUGGAGUUAUUGAAAAUAUGAGCGGCGUGCAGCGCCCACUCAGCGACGUCAAAUUUGUCAAUGCUGACGGAACUGACGAAACCGCAAAUGUUUUCAAGCUGCUACAAGAAAAGACACCGGAAAUUCUGCAAUACUCGGUGCAGAUGGAGGUAUUUCCUGUCUCUGAUGGCGGUGGUGAAGCUAUGGCCAAGAAGUUCAAUGUGCCUUUCCUUGGUCGCUUGCCACUAGACGACAAAAUGACUAGUUCAUGCGAGGAGGGCGUGUCGUUCUUGGAAGAGUAUCCCGACUCUGUGGCGGCUCCAGCUUUUAAUCAUAUUGUGCAAGAUCUCGUUGCAGCUGUCGAGCAGAAAAGGUAA